AUGGUCUCGCAGGCCCCCAAUCGUGGCAGCGGCCCAGGGCUCGCGGGCGACGUGCUGCUUAUUUUCAUGCCGACGCCAGACGCCGGCUACUCGUGGCCAGAUGCCGGCUGGAUUGCGGCAACGGAGGCGCGCUACCCCGGCUUGCAAGUGCGAUGGCUGCCACAAAAGGACCCGGCGACGGGCAAACCGCGCACGCCCGAGGAGCUACCGGCAGAGGUGUGGGAGGGAGUGACGCUGCUGUGUUCAUCCUGGGCGCCGCCAGCACGGUUAAUUCCCCAUGUGCGCUUCAUUCAGGCACCAUCUGCGGGCGCGGACCGCUGGCUGCUUCAUGAGGCCUACAAAGACCCACGAGUGACGCUCUGCACGGGGAACGGGACGCACGCAACACAAAUCGCCGAGUGGGUUAUAGGGGUGUGGCUGAUGUGGCGACACCGCUUCCUGGCCUUUGCGGAGCACAUGAAGACGGGCAGCGGCUUUGAGAAGCAGGAUGCGCACGAUGUGUUGGAGUCGACGGGCUCGCGAGUGGGCAUUCUCGGCUACGGCGCUAUCGGCAGGCAGGUAGCACGGCUGUGCACAGGUCUCGGCAUGGAAGUGUAUGCGUACACGCGAACAGAGCGAGCAACGGCGGAAGCACGACGCGACGAGAGCUUCCGGGUACCGAACACAGGCGACCCGGCCGGCGAGCUGCCAGCGCGCUGGUUCCACGGCAGCGAUGCAGCGGCAUUGAACGGGUUUCUGGCGCAGGACUUGGACCUGCUGGUCGUCGCCGCGCCGCUGACAGCUGUCACCACUGGGCUUUUGAACACCGAGCAGUUUGCUGUACUGGGCCACCGGCCGGCCUCUACGUACGUCGUCAACGUUGCGCGGGGACCCGUCGUCGACACGGCGGCCCUGAUGACGGCACUCGAGAGCGGCCAGAUUGCUGGAGCAGCCCUCGACGUCACCGAUCCCGAGCCGCUUCCGGCUGACCACGCGCUCUGGAAGGCACCUAACGUGUUCAUCACGCCGCACGUCAGCUGGCAGAGCCAGAAGCGCUGGGGCCGGGCGCUGGAGAUGCUAGAGCUUAACCUCCAACGUAUGGCCGCAGGCGAGCCGCUGGUCAACGUGGUCAACAAGGAGCACAACUACUAG